CAAACUUUGCAAAAGAAUGUAAAUUAUGUUUUUCUCCUCUGCUGGGGUCCGAAUCCAAUAGCAACUUGGCCGACGAGAACAAAAAAGUGUCCCCGACCCACAGUUACUAUGCUAAUAUGAGCUGUGUCGAUCGCAUCUGUCGCCUUUGCCUGCGGGAAGAGCUGGACAAUGGUCCGGACUCGAUGGUUUGCCUGAACGAGGACGGUCAAAUAGUAAACAUCAUACGGGAAACGACCACCAUCGAGGCCAUUGUGGACGAAAGCGUUCCGUAUUACCUGUGCUCGGAGUGCAACCAGCUGCUGCACAAGUGCUACGACUUCCGGGAACGGUGCAUCAUCAACGAUGACAUUUUUCGGCGCAAGUUCAGCACGGCGCCCGAGACGGAAGAGCCCCUCUUCAUGCCGGUGGACGUGAUCCAUCCGGAAGCGGCCGAGGAGGAAUCGCUAAAGGAGACAGCCUUCAAUGGGGCGGCGGAAAAGCCCAUCAUUGAGGAGUGUCUGUUGGAAAUGAUCGAACAAAAUGACGAUGACAUGGAGGGUGAGGAAGUCCAGGAGGAAGAGGAGGAGGAGACGGAUGGGUACAAACCGUCGGAAGCAGCCCUGUCCAAGCUGGACUCCUCCUCCGACAGUGAGCCGUUGACGGUGCGAAAGAAAAGUACCGACAGGCGGAAGCGGAAUCCGACGAAAAAGGCGGCAGCAGCUGCCGAUAAAUCGAACAACAAGCUGCCGUGCGCCCAGUGCGGCAAGAUGAUCGCCCGGAACAACAUCAACCAGCACCAGCUGACGCACGAUCCGGACCGGCCGAAGGUGUUCUGCUCGUACUGCGGCAAAGCGUUCAAGGAUCCGCGCCGGAUGCAGCUACACAUCAACAGCAACCACACGCAGGAGAAGAAGUAUCCGUGCGACAUCUGCGGCAAGGUGUACCUGCGGCCGACCUCGCUGAAGGACCACAAGCGGGUGAAGCACAGCACGGUCAAGCGGUACGACUGCUCCGACUGCGGGAUGGCGUUCGUGAGCUGGGCCCAGCGGUGGCACCAUUUCAAGAAGGAGCACACCACGGCGAAACCGUUCGCCUGUACCUACUGUGAUUGGGCGUUUAAAUUUAAGGGCGAUCUCACGCUGCACAUUCGCAAGCACACGGGCGAAAAGCCGUUCAAGUGUGACAUCUGUGGUAAAGCGUUCAACAAAAGCUACAACGUGGUGAUACACAAAAAGUCGCACCGCAAUCUGCCGCCGCCGGAACAGUCAACGCUGAUGGUUGCGGAAACAACGAUGCUACCACAAGGCGAGGUAAAACCGGAACAUACUGCAAUAUAGCCGGCGCGGCAACUGUGACGAUAUUACGCGACCAUUUUUUUGUGUUAGCUUUUAGUUCAUCCUCCCAGAUCUAUAUCAUUUUUAAUCUUAUUAAACAUAACUUUAUUCACUCACGAUGUAAAUGACG